GAACUGAUUCAUAUCUUUCUAAUUUGUGAACUGACUAUAUCUUUCUAAUUUGUGGAUAACAUAUUAUUUCAUUCCACAAAGAUGGAUGGAUUAACAAGCUUGAACAGCUUUUUAGCAGUACAUAAACCUCAACUAAUUUUAUCCGGUGUACCAGAACAUUUUUGGCCGACGCUAUGCAAGAAAAUUCGUGAUCAAAUUUUCGAUUCCGGUUUGUCGUUUCAGAUGGCUCGAAUUGACUAUGAAGAUGAUGAAAAAAUGCCUUACGAUCCGGUUUGGGCUCUCAUUGCUACCCGGGAAAUGGACAAUAACGAAUCUAGUCAUAUUUACUUAAUAGAUCACGCGUGGACUUUCAAGCCGAACAGUAUUAAAAAUAACCUCCGAAAUGUGCCUGGGCUGCUUGAGAGAAUGAGUAAUCUUAUGCAAGUGAAUGGGGAAACGGUCGAAGAGAGGAUAGUGAACGUUUCGAAAAAUGUUUGGAGAUAUGCACAUACUUAUGCCAUUGGUGGAGAUGAUUUUUCGGUGGAAGACAGAGUGCCUGUUUGGUAUGUUUUGGAUGAAUUGGGCUCAGCUGUGAAUCAUAGUGAUAGUCCUAAUUUCAGAGCUGUGCCUUUCAUACAUGUACCUGAUCAAAUGACAUAUAGUUUGCUGUUCCCAGUCGAAAAUGUCCAAGAGGGUGACCGCAUUACCAGGAAUUAUGUUGAGGGACAUUUUCCUGAGCCCAGGCAAAGAGAGGCAAUGCUGAUCCCAUGGCAGCAUUAUGACCAUUUCUAUGAAGAUUUCACUCCUGAAGAACCGGAUAGAAACUACUUUCUUGAAGGACAUAUAGUAGAAACUCUUCCAGAUUUAGAAGUUUUAAAAAAUAGACAAAGACCAACUGGAAAGCUAAAGGUUUUUUCAGAAUAUAGAUUUAUCAAUGAUUAUCUGAAUACUCCUGAAUUUGAAAUAGUGUACAAUGAAAAUGAGGCUGAUAUUUUAUGGUACUUGCAUCACUAUAAAUCAUUCGAAGAACUUAGUAAAAAUUAUCCAAAUAAAUAUGUAAAUCAGUUUCCAUUUGAAUAUGUGAUUACUAUAAAAGACCUAUUAGCAAUUGUGUCACGGAGAUGUUCUGCAAAAUAUGAAAAGACAUAUAGUCACAAAUUGGAGACAUACCCUCUUUGGUUGCCUACAACAUUUAACAUGAAGACUGAACUUGCAAAAUUAGUAUCCUGCUAUACCCAAAGGCAGAAUGAAGAUUUGGAUAAUUAUUGGAUUUGCAAGCCUUAUAACUUGGCACGAGGUCUGGAUACAUACAUUACAGACAACUUAUGCCUCUUAUGUAGGUUGCCAGCAAGUGGUCCAAAAAUAGCCCAAAAGUACAUUGAAGAUCCAGUACUGUUUGACAGGCCAGAUGUAGGGCAUGUCAAGUUUGACAUCCGCUAUGUUGUAUUGUUGAAAUAUGUAAACCCAACUGAGGUAUAUGUGUACCACAAUUUCUUCCUAAGAUUUGCUAAUAAAGCUUUUGCUUUGGACAAUUUUGAGGAUUAUGAACAACACUUCACUGUGAUGAAUUAUACAGAUGGAGUUCCUUUAUACAGAAUGCUUUGUGCAGAUUUUAAAGACGAGUGGGAGAGACAGUAUGCAAAUCACAGUUGGGCUGAAGUAGAGAAGUCAAUAUUCAAGAUGUUUGCUGAAUUAUUUUCAGCUGCAACUAGUAAAAAUCCACCUUAUGGCAUUGCUAAAAGUCCUCAGUCUAGAGCCCUGUAUGCAGCUGAUAUAAUGCUGAGUUGGCAUAGGCAGAACAAUGAGACUGUUAUUCAGCCGAAGUUGCUCGAGAUGAACUGGAUGCCUGACUGUCAGCGUGCCUGUGAAUACUAUCCUCAGUUUUACAAUGACAUUUUUUCUGUAAUGUUUUUAGAUAAGCAAGUUGAAACCUGCACCAAAGUAUUGUAAUGUUUUUGGAAUUUACAUAUGUAUAUUAACAUUAUUGGAAACUACUGUCACAAUUUUUUUAUUGUUAACUAUUAUGUUAAGUGCCCAUCCAUAUAUAUUGUUUUUUUUAUCAAAAGGUACAUAUAUGUAUAGUACGAUGUUUAUGUCG